AUGCUCUUCAUCUGGCAGGUGAUGAAGAACCUGGGCAACGACAUCAACUACGAGACAAGCAAGUACUGGGCCGUGGUCCUGCGAGUCACGCGAGAAGAAAUGCCCAUCGGCAAAACCGGCCUCGACAUCCCCGCGUCGUACGUCGCCAUGAUAGCAGGACUAGCCGUCGCCGAGACCUGGCUCGGCAACUUCCCCGCCUCCCGCCACCACCGCGCCGCGAUGCUCGCCCUCGUCGCCGCCCGCGGCGGCUUCGCCACCUUCGGCCCCAUGGCCCAGCGCUCCCUCAAGUGGUGCGAGUUCUACCCCUGCGCCAGCCUCGCCCUCGCGCCGCAGCUGCCCCGGCUGCGUCCGCCGUCGCCGCAUUCACCGCAACUGCCUCCGUUCGUGCGCGCGGCGACGGACGCGGCGCACCGGCGCACCGCGGCGCUGCUGCCGGUAGAUCGGGCGCCGCCGCCGCUGAGCGCCGUGUUUUACAGGCUGCACGUCGUGGUCGGGGAGUGGCGGACGGAACGGCCGAGCUUCACGGGCGUGCUGGAUGAGCUGGAGCAUGUGGUGUUGGUGGAGCUGGCGGGGAUGAGGGGCCGGGUGCGGAUGCCGCCGGAGGAGGAGGGGGACGUAGUAACGGCCGGCGGCGGUGCAGACGACGACGACGACGUCGGUUUGGGCUCCGCGGCGGCGGUGGCGGCGGCGGCUCCCAUGGACGUCGUCUACGCGGGCCUGCUGCAGGCGGCGCAGAUGUGCGUCUUCGGGACGAUGCCGUUCACGCGCAAGGAGGCGCCCAUGUACGGCGCGUUCGUCCAGGUGCUGCGGGGGGUGCUCGACAGCCGGGGGGACGGCGACGUGGUGGGCGUGUGGACGGCGGUGGCGUCGGCGCAGAGCCUGCUGUGGGUGCUGUUCAUGGGGUGGUCGACGGCGGCGCAGCUGAAGGGCGAUGCGCAGGGCGCGGUCGAGAACGCGCGGUGGUUCAUUCGGCACUUCGCCGCCGUGGUCGCCGUGUUGGGCAUCAGGGACUUGGAGGGGCUGGCGGGCGUCAUGGCCGAGUUUCCGUGGAGCAGGGAGACGUAUUCGGCGCUGUUGGGCGUGCUGUGGGAUAUUUGUCUCCAUAGCGACGAGAUCAAUGUUACGUAG